AUGGAAUCAAAUAAUGAUCAAUAUAUCCUCGAUUGGGCAAAUGACGCUCAUCUGUCCGAGAUUUUGUCUCUUUUACAUGAAAAUUUUGACAAAGAGGAGACAAUGUUAAAAAGUCUGAGAGACAAUAAUUUGUUAACAACCGAGGACAAAGAAACAAUGAGAAUCGAUCACGAACAACUUAUACGAGCGAUUUUUGCUUUCUCACCGUGCAUCGUAGCGAUCGAAAAAUCGUCAGGGAAAAUUAUCGGGGUAAAUCUGAUGAUAGUUAGCGAAAAUUCGAAGUGUAACGAUGGCGCUGAUGGCGUUUCCGUGGCGUUCACCAACAAUCCGCCAAAAAGUAAACUAAUGAAACGAUAUUUCAAUUAUUUAUCUGAGAUCAGUGAGAAAGCUGAUUUAUACGGAAGAUACCCGAACUGUAAAAAGGCAGUGGAGUUUUACGCGGUUGCUGUGAACAAAGAUCACCGUAGACAAGGACUUUCAAGGUCACUGAUGGCGGCGGGAAUUUCCUUUGCAAAAGAUACGAUGCAGGACGUUGGUUUCAUAUUCGGCGUCUAUACAUCGUUGUAUUCAAAGAAGGCAGCUGAAGAUAUUGGCCUGAAAAGCAUCAUGGACGUAGAUCUGUUGCAUUACAAAGACAAUGAUGGCCAAUCUAUUUUCCAAGACACUCCACCGCAUAACAUUGUUUCUGUAAUGGUCUUGCAACUUAACGCGAUAAUGUUGGCUACAGAACAUACUCUGUCAAUAUUUCAACUUGGGAAGUACACAUAUACCAGGGACUCUGCAUUGAAAGUCCCGCAAAUCAAAUUGGUUAUAUAUGUUUCACAAUUUUGCGUGUUAGAUCGUGAUAUAAAAUCAUAGAUCGAGUUGUACUUCGUCCACACAAGAAUUUAGAAAACGUUAUACGGUGUACAGUUGCACACUGAACAACAAAGAAUAUUAUAUUACUGUAAGUAACUAAAAAAUUUGUUUUUUUUUUUUAAUAAAAUUUUUUCAAUAAUAUAAAUUGAAAUAUUUGGUAAUGAGAUUUGUUGAUUUUUUAAAACAGAUAUCGGACUGUAUUUAGGAUGUUGUCGAUGCAAUUUCCUGGUAAUCCAUUUAAACGAAAUACGACAGUGUAUGUUCUAUAUCUAACGAUAACGUAUCUUCUGCUUUUUAUUAUUGUAAUACGUUUGAUAUUUUUUAAAUUGACAAGUAUAAAGUUGAAAAAUUUUGUCGUCAUUACAGAAUAGAAAUGAAAUAAAAUAA